UACCAAUGUCCGGCACGUUGUCUAUCGCCAUCGUUGGAGCCGGCAUCUGUGGUCUAACCUCAGCAUAUAACAUCGCGAAGACAGCCAAACGUACAGGAAAGAACGCGGAUAUCAUUUUGUAUGACAGGAAUCCAGCACCAGGUGGUACGUGGUCACCCUCAAGUGUUUAUGACGGCCUCAUCACCAACAAUUCAUGGAAACAAAUGUUAUUGGACGAUGAUGGACAAGCUGAGAAAAUGUUCAUGGACGAUCCGUCUGUCGGGGCCGGACCUGGCGGUUUCCGCGCAACGGGCCUUGGAAUGGUCGAGGUCAUGAAGCACGUAACGCGUCAGGUCAAGGAACUUGGUGCCGAGGUCCGAUGUUCAACGACGGUUCUCUCAGUAACGCAAUCAGGUGGCCCAGCCACCCCGUGGACGAUUGUUAGUGCUCAUACCGACUCUCCUCAUAGCAAAGUCACCGAAGUUUUUGAUAAACUGGUCGUCGCUACUGGUACAUUUUCCACGCCUAUUGUCCCCUCCUUCGCUACACCAUUUGUCCUGCCCAACGACACUCCAAUCAACGAUCCUUUGGCACCCUUCGUUAUCCACACUUCUCAUCUCUCUGAUCCAACGGUACAGACCGCCCUUUACUCUAGACCACGAGACAUCAUCGUCGUUGGAGCGUCUAAAUCGGCUUUGGAUACUGUCGAGAGGCUAGCGUUGAACGGCUAUCAUGUCAAGCUUAUCCUUCGAAAUCCUCCUUAUUUGGCCCCUCCAGCCGCUAAGGAUAUAAAGACUGGUUCCCCUGCUGAUGCUGCUGGUGCGGUUGGUACAAGACUUGCGACAUCCCAGAUCCCGUAUUUCAAGGAUCCGGUGACCGGUCUGAGAAGUACUGGUGGUUUGGUGGCGUCGCUGUUCCGCACUAUAUUACACACCACCUGGAUAGGUUCGUUCAUUCACCGAAACCUUAUUUCUGCCUCCAAGAACGUAUUUUCGUCUUGGGGAUGCUGGAACAGCCCUCUGACUUCCGACAUGAGGCCUGUCGUUGAUUUAAUGUGGUCUGACUCAUCUACAUUUCCGGGUCCGGCUUCACUUCCAUCCCUCAUUCAAUCCGGACAAAUUCAAGUUGUCAAAGGCACAGUCAUUGAUAUGUCCAAGCCUAACUUGACUGAAGAGAAAGAAGAUGGCUUCAAGCUUAGCAUUCGUUCCUACGAGGAUGACGAAACAGUCAUCGAGCACGUUGGACAAGCCGUCAUCUACGGAACUGGAUGGAAUACUGGAACUUACCCGUUCUUUUCUCCCUCGAUGUUAGAUGAACUUGGGCUCCCUGUGAUGUAUACAGAUAAGUCUUCGCGCGAAGCGGGGUUUAAGGAGUUAGACGCCAAGUCUUUGAACGAGCUUUUGGCUGACCAGCGGACACUGGCGGACCCUCCACACAUCUGGGAUUCGCCAGCAUACAGCGCGCGAUGGGCUGGUCGGAAUCCUAAACAAAUUUCUCCCUUCCGCCUAUACCGACUCAUGGUGCCAUUGACGCAUCUCGAACAGCGCGACGUGAUCUUCCCUGGCGUCCCUACAUGUAAAGCCAAUCACGUUCUUUUCCUUGUCCAAGGCCAUUGGGUUGCGGAUUAUUUACUCGGCACGCUACCUAAGUCGCUGCCAUCCCUGGAAAUUGCCAAGAAGGAGGUUUCCAUGCAGUCGGUGUGGUCGCGGAGGUUGUUUGGACCAGCUCACGGAAGACUGGGACAAUGGCUUGGGGCCUUGUGGAUAGAGUAUUGCGGGAGACUUUGUCUUGAUAUGGGUGUUCCCGCGGAUGGUAUGGGGCUGACAGGUGUUGUUGACAGCAGUACGUACCAUCUGGAGGAGAAAAGGACCAAGAGGGACCAGGCGAGAGGAUACCGAAGCAUCUAAUAAACUGCCUCUCACUCGGGCUCGACUUACAGUUAAUUCUUAGGCGUGGCACAAUGAUGUAUGGUUCUCUUAUAUAAUAGAGCGGCCGGCUUACCUCUACCAUUAUAGGCUGACGCAGUACAUACUACCAA